UGUAUCCUGAGGUCAAAGGUCAAAUGUGUGAAUCACAUGGUCGAAACCAGGAAACAGAGAAGCGAUAUCAAUCCACAGUCACUUCCUUUGUCUUAACAGUGGAGCAGAAACAAGGCUUCAAUGAACUGACUUAUCAAGGAUGAUUCGAAAGCAAGUAGAACAUGAGGUCUCCACAGUUCAGGACUGUCAAAAUGGAAUCUCUGUAGAUCUCUUCCUGCACCUGUCACUUAUUCCAGCAGUGUUGAUCGUAGGGGUGCUCUCAUUCCUCCAGAGAAGAGCCCAAAAACUGGCCAUCGACCACAGACUGCCCUUCCUGGGGGGACGUUUUGGCAUUGUAGUGCCUUUGGAUACAAUAGGCAGCCUCAGUAACCGUUGGUCCUAUGGGUUUGCAUUUGGUGCUGUGUCCUCCAGUGUCCUGCUGCUCUUCUCUGAGCGUUACAUACCCUUCACGGUCCCACCCUGGGCCAGAGCUAUAGUGUACCUGGUUGGGGCUUUAGAAGUGGGCCUGGUGUACUUCCCUUUCUUUGCCUGUCUGUCUACACCUUUCAGAACAGCUGGUGCCAUGCUGGGAAUACUCUACUCUCUGUCUUGGAUCAUCAUUACAGUCUGGGAUACAUUCACCUGUCCUGGUGGUAAGAUUUUGGGUAAACACCAGAAGAUAAUUGUCCAGUGGCCCUGCAUCCUCUCCCUCAUCUUCCUCUUGGGUCGAUUUAUCUACAUACUUAUUAAAGCUGUUCGAAUACAUCUGCAGCUGGAACAGGAGGACCCCGAGGAGCUGAAUGAGCAACACCAGAUUCAGCACGUUAAGAGACUGCUGAGGAAAACACCAACACACAGUAAGCCACUCAGUUGGUUCCAGAGACGAGUGUAUGAGUCGGACCCCUACUUCAAGUUCCCCAACAGGAUCAUCGGCACUGCCAUCAUAUCCCUUAUAGGCAUAUAUACAAUGACUCUUGCUGACUACAGUCUCAGUAAUGUAGCUUUUGACCAAGUAGAAAAAUGGAAGAAUACACUGCAACAGAUGAUUACGACUUGUAACCAGACUGAAGCUCUGGGAGUCAUGAUACCACAGCUGGAAGAAUUUAUUGUUGUGGCCAGGAAAUCUUGGCUAGCUACCACCAUCUUUGCUAGUCUCAACUCUGUUGCCUACACUUUCCAUGUAUUGGUAUGUUACAGGAAACACAUGAAGAGACUGUGGAAAGGACAGAGAGGUUUUCUUCCUGAGAAGUUUCACAACCCUAAUUCUGCUGUCAGUGUAGCCUCCAUUGCGAGAUACUCUGGAUGGCAAAUAGCAUUUACUCUGUGGGGCUAUCUGAUUAUCCAUUUUGUCCAAUUCCAGUUUGCCCUGCUCUUGGUCUAUGGGCUGGUUCUUCCUAUACAGCACGGAAAAGCACUGAGCAUGCUCACUAGUCUGGGAAUCAUUGUUCUCACCAUCUGUCUAGUGAUCAGUUUGGUGAUUCUUCAGAUAGUUCUGGUUCAGAUCUUCUUCCUCCAGGACAAAAUGUCUCCAACAGAUAAACAGAAACCUCUUGCUCUCAAUAACAGGAAGGCGUUCCACUGCUUCAACUACUUCUUCUUUUUCUACAACGUGGUGAUGGGGAUCAGCAGCUGCAUCAUGAGGUUGCUGUUCAGCCUUGUUGUAGGAACAUGGCUGGUGUCCCGCAUAGACCGAACCAUCAUGCAGAGAGGAUAUGAAACCUUGGAUACCGGUUACAGUACUUGGAUUGGGAUGAUCUUUGCUGACCACUAUCACAACAAUCCAGUCGCAGUGUGUUUCUGCCAGCUGCUGGUCUCCAGCAAGAUGGAGAGACACAUGAUGUCUGCAUACUCUACAUUCAGCAACAUGCCACCUGAUCCCCCUGUGAAUAGCCAGGCCAAAAGGCGCUGGAUGUUGUUUUAUACUUUACUAAGAAACCCUCAUCUGAUCCUGCGCAGAAAACACCACCUCUCCUCAUCAUCAUGUCCCCAGUCAGACAUGGUGGUGCGGGCGUGUGUCAUGGUCUCACAAACACAGAGUUGCCAAGAAGCACCACAGUCACUACCAGAGAUCACAGUUACACCAGCAGAGGACUGUUAAAGAAACAUUUCCAUAGAUCCUGAUCUUGUACAAAUUGUACAUGUGCCCUUUGGUGGUGGACCACUAUGUGUUAAAAGGAGUACUAAGCUGUUUGCAAUGAGUGUGUUUUGAGGGCUGUCACCUUGCAAAGGUUUGGCAAAGUCAUUCCAUCUGAAGCUCACAUUUGACUGAUAUUAUCUGGUUAAUGUGAUCAGUGAUAAGGUCACUAGUCCACUAGCAUUCACUUUUCAGUAAUUUGAUCAUUUAUUUAAUUUAAUGAAAUUGUGAUAGCCAGUACCACAGAUGCAUUAUAAAGGGUUCAAUAUGUGUGUUGCUGUCUAGAAGAUGUAAGAUUUUUUUUACUCUUGUCUCAAGAGUUCAUGUCAGUUUUAAAAAAUGUACAUUUAAGUUACAUUUUAACUGUUGUACCGUAUAUAGACAUAUAGUUAAAUAUCAACCUUUGUAAAUAACUGCAGUGACACCCAUAACGAGAGAUAGCUGCUGUAUAUUCACCAUAAACGAGGUAAAUAUGGUUUUCCUGCACAAGCAAAUACAGAUUCAGUUGGAAAUUAAAAACAAAAUGGUAAAAUUUCCAAUGUAUGACUGA